ACAUUGGUACCGCGCAAACCACGCGUCGAAUGUCGUUCAUCGAAGUUGUCCACGCGGUGGUUAUAGAGCUCCUCCGAGAAGAAUGUAUAUAAUUUGACAUUUGAAAUAUUAAGAAAUUAAGAAGCAAAGAAUCUCUUGAGUAGCACACAACAUAAUGGGCAAGCUUGAGAAGAAAAAAGAGCCCAAGCUGGUUCACCCCAAUAGUAGAAAGGCUGCUGCAAUUGUGAAGAAGAAGAUAAAGACAGCGCGCAGGGAGCAGAAGAAGGAGCGCGGACACCAACACCUGAGGUUGCUGUCAGAGAGGCUCGUCUGGUUCAGGGACAACCUGCCAGCUGAAAAACAGAGGUUCACGGUGGAGCAGACACAUCAGCUCAUUGAACAAUAUAUCGCGCGCCACACUGCUGAGCUGGAGCAGCUGAGGGGUCGUGCUGCACCCCGGGGACCCGCCGGACGGCGCGCCAAACCCCCUCAGAGGCUGGCCGCACUGGAGGCUACCCUGCGUGCUGAGACAGACGAAUUCACACAGGGCGGCAUUGAGGUGGCUGACCUAACCAACGAGGAGGCUGUUCUGUACCUGCGCGCGUGGGACGGACAGGUCAAACUGGUUCCGCAGAUCAAGACCCGACGCUUCAUCCGUGGUCGCCUGGCGGAACCAGCAGCAAACAAAGCUUCGGAAACUGGCCAACAGAUGGCAGAAGAGGCUGUCAGCGGCGAGUCUGAGACCGAGGAGAUGAACGGCGAUAGCUGAUAACAAAUAUAGAACGACAUAUG